AUGUGCGCCGCGUCCGUGGUUGCGUUCGUACUCUUGACCGCGUCCGUGGUCGGGGACCUGAGCGGGACGCGACGGUUGGAAACUGGGAUAGAAGUCAUCGAUUGGGCGCUGAGGGACGCGUAUUACUCGCGCGUCGUUCCGGCGUUGAUCCCAGGGACGAUCGCGUACGUCUACUUCAAUUGGCUCAGCGCCAGAUUUUUCGAGCACACGUAG